GUUUUCAUUAUAUUCGUCAUUUGAAAGUGAUCUUAACUACGAUUCACAUCAACCAGCAAAAAAUUGAUUUAAUUUAAAUUCUUAAAGUUAAUUGUUUCAUAUCUUCAAAUUAAUCAACUUAUUUAAAUAAAAAUGUCUCUUAAUUGUUUCUUAAUUGCUACCCAACUGAUCUCAAUUGUCUCCGUAAUCAAUGCCGUUCCAAUUGAUGUUGGUGUAAACAAUUUAACCUCAGUUCCUGAUCCAGUUAAUAUCAAUGGUUCAUUAACAGUCCUUGAUACAACUAUGGCAACGAUUGAUUUAACAACCAUUUCAUCAGGUAAAAAUGAUUCAAGAGAUGGACGAUCAGGUGAAGAUUUAAUUAUUCCUAAUCAAGAAUCAAUUAAAAAUGAAUCAAAGGAAUCAGAUAAAUCAUCAGCUAUCAGAUUCCCAAGGGAAGAUGAAAUUGAUUCAGUUAUGAUUAACUCAACAUCCACUAAUUCAUCAUCAGUUGAUCAGAUUGCCACUAAUUCACCUGUUGCUGAUAUUUCAUUGGAACCCAAUUCAACAUUGAUUGAAGGAUUAGUCGAAUCAUCAUCCUCAUCAUCCUCAUCAUCUUCCACCUCCUCAUCCUCAUCAUCAUCAUCUAUGAUUGUUGAUUUAUCACCAUCAACCUCAUCAUCCACAUCAAAACCAUCAACAACAACAACCGAACAAUUAAUUGUUGAUUCAAGUUCCACUGUCGCUCCACGAAUUGGUAGAUCACAAUCAGGUACAAUCGAUGAUGAAAUCAAUUCCAAUCUUAAUGAUACACUUUCAAUCUUAACCACUUUAUCCUCAAUUCUUAAUCAAUCAACUACAAAUGAUUCAAUUUCAUCCGUUUAAAAUUCUGACCGGAACCUUGACCAUCCAAUCAAACGAUUAUCAGCCAAUUAAUGGUUUCAAAUCAUUAAUCUUUCAUGGUUGAUGACCAAGAAUAAUUUUCUUCCAACUAUAUAAUAUAUAAACACAAACACAAACAAUUAAGCUGAAUAAAUGUUAAUCCUUGUUAAUUGUUGAUUGAAAAAAAAAGUAAAUCAAUUUAUGGGCAAAUCAUGUAAUCAUUUAAUUUCUGUAACAUUUUUCUGGUCAAACAGAUUUUUCUAAUCAACUAAGACACUUCCACCAACUAAAUUAAAUCAAUCAACUGUCUUAAUCAACAAUUAAAUACAAUAAACCAAAUUAA